AUGAAUCAUCAAACGGCAGCUGCUAGCAUUUCCUCUUCAAUGACAAUGAUUCGAUCCGCAGUGGUGCAGAAGCGCGAGCGAGACGAGAAUGAUAGCCCUUCGCAUUCGGUGUCCGUCCAGGCUGCGGCUCCUACACCUGCGCCCUCACCUGUUUAUGAAGUUCCCUUGCAGAUGGAUCCAUCACCAACUUCAAAGAAGUCACGUUCCAAUCGAUAUUCGGCACCUAAAGUUGUAAAACCUUCUAUUUUGACAGCGAUGGGAAGCCUCGUGGGAGGAGGCGGUCUUCGAGAUGUACCUAUGCGAAGGCAGCUUUCGAGUGGUGCAAUAGAUUCUUUUUUGGGCAGACAUGAUAACAUGCAAACUGACGAACCAUCGGAUCACAAUGAUUCGAUGCCAAGAAGGAUGAGUUUCUGA